AUGGACAACCUGCGUGAGACCUUCCUUGGCCUCGAGGAGGGCUUGGGCCCCUCCGACAGCCCCGGCCUGCUGUCAUCCUGGGACUGGAACGACAGGGCAGGGCCCUUUGAGUCGAACGAGGCCUCCCCCACUCAGAGCCUGUCUCCGGCUCCAUCGCUGGAGUCCUAUGCUUCUUCUCCCCGUCCAGCUGUGGCUGGGCUGCCCUGUGGGCACGGAGGUGCCAACAGUGGGGGCAGUGGUGCCUGCGGUGGCCGUGGGACCGGUGGCCUGGGGGAGGUGGACUACAACGUGUUAGCCUUCCAGCCUGCCUACCUGCAGGGCGCUGGUGGCCCCAAGACCCAGAAGGGCGCCAAAGUCAGGAUGUCCGUGCAGCGGAGACGGAAGGCCAGCGAGAGGGAGAAGCUCCGAAUGAGGACCUUGGCCGAUGCCCUGCACACCCUUCGGAAUUACCUGCCACCUGUCUACAGCCAGAGGGGCCAGCCGCUCACCAAGAUCCAGACGCUGAAGUACACCAUCAAGUACAUCGGAGAGCUCACAGACCUCCUCAACGGCGGGCGAGAGCCUCGGCCCCAGAGCGCUUGA